UGUAGGUGUACUGCUAACGCGUAAAAUUGUAUAAUCUGGGUGUGCAGGAACAAAUGUAUAAGUGACCUAGACUUUUCAUUCAAGCAGCGUCCAUGAACAACUUGAAUGACCCCCCCAGAUGGAACAUCCAACCAGACCCCAGAGGAAGGGGGGCGGGGGCCGGUGAUGGCAACCAAUGGAACUACGCCCUGCUGGUCCCUAUGCUGGGACUGGCUGCAUUCCGUUGGAUCUGGACCAGGGAGUCUCAGAGGGAGAUCCAGAAGGUCACAGCCCAGUAUGAGAAAGAUGUGUCCACAAUAAAAAGUGAGAUGGAGGCACGGUACCGGGAGACACUAACAGAGAGGCGCAAGGCAGCUGCUGCUCUAGAGCUGGAGCUGGAAAAGGAGAGGCAGAGAGUGAAAGGCUACAAGCAGGCUCUGAUCUCACAGAGCACUCAGCUGAUGGAAGAGCGGAAAAAGCUACAGCUGGAGCGAGAGGCCUUGGAGGAAGAGAAGCAAAGGCUGAUAAAGUCUGGAGCUGCAGGUGCUGUGCUGCAUCAUGCCCUGGAACGAGAGAACGACUGGUACCAGCGAGCCACAGCCACUCUGAAGGAGUUAGAGGGUCAGCUUGUGGAACGCCAGAAUGCCUACUGUUCCCUGAUCCAACCUCGAGAUCAGCGGCUGGAGAUGGAGAGGAACAUGCUGCUAAAGGUCGUCAAAGACCCCAUCGGGACAGAACUAGAUCUAGAGUCUGACCUGAAAGAUAUUUUUAAGAGGGAUAAGCAUUGUGCGGACCUGCUCAACAUAGACAAGAGGAAGAAUGGAAGCCUUAUGUGGGUGUAUCUAAAGUACUGGCAGCUGCAGGUCACUGUCCAAAAACACAAGAAAGCUGAGGAAGCCAUAUUAGGAGGAAAGGUCCAGUCUCACACAAAGUGACAAAAGACCAAAGCUGGUGUUUUUCAUUUGACUCUGAAGAAUGUUGAAAAUAUGUGGAUCAGGAAUGGAAAACACAUGUAUUUUCCACUCUAAGUAAUUAUCUUUAUGUGAUAAGGAUGUUAUGAAAACACACCAGGUAAUCUCAACAAGACAAUGUUCAAUAA